UGUGCUUCUUUUUAGACCUUUUUAUGUUUUAGAACCAACUACAAAGAACAUUAACCCUUUUUAUUUCGUUGUACUUGUUAGUUCAUUUAUAACUUUUCUUUUAUUGGAGAAGUUAAGAAAAACAAUACACGAAAGUACCAUUACGCAUUGCUAACUAGAAUAUUUUUAAAUCUGAAAAAAUGUUUUUUGUAUCCCCCACCCCAGAAUACCCUAGAAAAACAAUUGAGUAUGUCUUUAAGAUCAUUUAUCAACUCACGACGUGUUUUCACAUUAUUAGCUUUGUUAUCAUUGUUACCGAUUUCUACACACGCCUUGCAGAGUCGCUACCUGGCUACCUCAGUCAUUCAGAUUUAAAGGCUCAUCCUAGCAUAUCUAUGGUCAUGGAGGGCUGCACUUAUCGUGGAGUACUUAAAGCUGGAUUAGCUGAGGGGAUAGCAGAGGUGUCACUGGACGGCGUUACUAUUGGUCUUGUGAUUAUGGCAAAGCACGUGACAUUCAUUUGCUUUUUAGAGCUUCUUCAGAUAAUAAACUGUGUCGUUUCGUCGUCUAAUUACACUUCAUAUAGACGACAUUUGCGCGUUUUCGGUGCCCACGUUCCUUUUUAUCACAUUUUAGUAGUCUUUACGUUUAUUUAUUCCUUUUCAAUUAUUAUAUUUGUAUAUUUGUGUGACCGUGAGAGAACCUUCUACCGGAAUGCCAUUUCCUACUGUGCGAAUGAGGUUCGCAAAAAAGACCCAACACGGCUUUUGAUUGCUGAAUACGAUGAAUACAACAUUAUGACUACGGUGAUUUACUGGCCUUUCGCAGCUUGUUGUGUUAAUUUGUUAGUUUCUUUUACUGCAGUGUAUAUCCUGUUUCGUUCUUCUUUAGAUAAAGCCACUUUGCUGCAUUCCCAAGCGGACGCGCCAUGGGAGUCACAUACUCCUUUUUGCACCACCCAAAAGUCGGUGCUCCGCCUGCACACUGCACAGCGUAACGCUAUUUUGAAUGACGCCCGAACGGUGAUGCGGGAAGGGCUUAAGGUUCGCAUUGUGCGUACCUAUCAGCUGAUGUCCGACAGUGACUUCGAGGCAUUAGUGCAGGCGAUGCGGGAUCAAGUAGCUCGCGGCUUGAAAGAGAAGCAGUUUGAAAAUCUACAGGAGCACUUCGGGGACAACGAGUCACAAAUAGAGAACACUGGACUUUUAUGGAGACAAAACGCCAACUGGGUUCCACAAAUGUCUUCGGACAACGUUGAACAGGCCAAUUACUUUGAUGCUUUCGAAUACUCACCUGAUGAUGGCAACGCUGAUCAUUCUAAUGAGCUGUUACCUAAAGGGUUUGAGGGAUACAAUAGCCGUAACCGUAGUCACGUUAGGCAUGUGCACAGUUCGGAUUCGCUUUUUCCGUCUGAAGAUUACAGGAUGCAUUUGAAUCCCUACGAAAGAGCCAAAAAUAGACAUCACGACACAGGGAUAGUUGCAGUGGACACCAAUGACAGCGUUGGUGGACCUUCUGAGUUAGCACAUCCCUAUAUGAGAGACGAACAUCUGUCCAAUUUGCCAUUGCCACUUGGACACAGUACCCACUCGCACAAUCUCUCUUCACAUCACUACAAUACUGCUUCUGCGAAUGAAGUGAUGGAGGGGGACUUCAGGGACGAGCCGGCCGCGCGCAUUCCGAGCCAUCAUGACGUGACAGUCCCCACUACUGGCAUUGCUCAUGGUAAUACUUUGCGUAAUCGUUCUUCAGAUAUGAUUCCACCUCUUUUCGGUGCUAAUCUCACAGAUGGAGUCAGCCGCCAGGGCCGACUGAAAGGGAAACCGACUAAGCAGGCAACGAUUGAGGAUGAGAUUAUACCUGCGGAUGAAUUAUCUGACACUUCAGAGACAUUAUUUAGGAAAAAAUGA